GGGUGGGCUCAUCCGUUUUUAUAUUGCCUUUGACUCUGCAAAUCAUUUGUGCUGUGGACGCCGAAUGGCAUGCUUUACGACUUCCACUUGCAUUUGUGUGCCAAAUAUAUUUCUGCGUUUUGCUUUUGUGUUAUUUUUUUCCUCCUUCAAACUCCAAACGGAACAGCUCAGCCUUUUGUUUUUUUUCGUUCCGAGCUGGCAGUGUGUGGGAGACGAAUAUACUGCAGAGUCUGGAAAAAGCAGAAGCAUAGCUUUGGAAGCACUCAGGCUAGAGGGGACUCGAUUUUUACCUGGAUUUAUUUCACACAAUCUAUUUUGGAUCUUGCUGUCUUAUUUACUUUUUGGAUAUAAUAUGGGGAAUGCUGUGACUGUUCUCUCAGUCUUGUCUUUGUUAGCUGAUUUACGCGGCUGCAAGAUAGGAUUAGGUGCCGUAGUUGUGCAAUUGCAUCGGUAGUAUCCUGAGUGGUGUCAGUAAUAACAGUCUUAAACCAAGUCUCACUGGGAUAUUUCUAACCAGGGUGUAAGGGAAGAACGGUGAAAUGGAUGGCUUCCCGAAAGCUUUCUGGCCUGCAAGGCCCCUCUGACUUGGAAUAAAAUUGAACACAAAAAAUAAUGGAAAUGAUGCGGGUGGCUGAAAAAGAAAAAGGUACCAGUCUGCCUAUAAUUAAUUGCUUCUCUGUUUUAUCACACCGUUUGUAUUUCAGUGUCAUGAUGAUUGUUCUCAUUUUAAGGAGGGGCGUUGAUCGAAGCUGUGUAAUUUGCAUUUGAGUUCUGCCAUCUCUUUAGGUUAGUAAAUCUUGAAGAUCAUCUCAGUUUGCUGCAGCUUUAUGGUUGAUCAUUUAAAGGCAAUACUUGUCGCUUGAGCUUUUUUUUUUGCUCAUCUUUUGUUCCUAUCUUUUGCAUGAAAAAAAACAAUUGUUCUGUCAGUGGCCUCAGCAAGAAGAGCGAAUCUUUUUGUGAUUUUAUGGGUCUAGUAUUCUCUUGAGAACAGCCUUAAUUACUUGGUUAAUUUAUUUAUUAACAUGAAGCUUUUCUGUUUGAGGGACUGACAAGAGACCCCUCCUCUUUGAGGGAGGAGGAUUGGACAUUUACCGUGAGCUGACUUUGGAGCGAGCGCUCUGAGUUUUAAAGUUUCUACAGAGCAUGGUGUAACCUUAUCGCGGAGCCCCCUGCCCCCUCCCCUCCCACCUCGACGGACGCCUUGUUGUUCGGUAACUGCUGCAGAGUGAUUCCCUCCCUGCCCCCAAGGGGAAGUGCACCAGGAUGAAUUACAUUUUCGGCAACAACACCCUGUACCCCAGGGGCAGCCGCGGAGCCUCAGCCUCGGGUUCGGGUUCAGGUUCAGGAGGGCCCAAGCUGAAGCAGUGGGUCAAGCGGAGCUCCAGUGAAGAGCUGCCUUCACGCUGGCAGCAGUUGCUGGCCUUCUUCAGCCGCCGCAAUGCCUUCACCGACUGCAUCACAGCAGGAGCUGGCCAGCAGACAGAUGCUGCUCCUCCCUCUGCUCCCAUAAUCCCCGUGAUCCCUAUAUCGCCAGUCCCUGCUGAGACCGCCGUCAUCUCCUCACCCGCGUCACAGGCGAAUCCCCCACCUGUGGUGGUGAACACUGACAGUUUGGACAGUCCACCAUAUGUGAAUGGUACAGAAGCUGAUUAUGAAUAUGAGGAAAUCACGCUUGAACGGGGAAAUUCAGGUCUGGGCUUCAGCAUUGCAGGUGGUACUGACAACCCCCACAUUGGUGAGGAUCCCAGUAUCUUCAUCACUAAAGUCAUCCCAGGUGGCGCAGCUGCACAAGAUGGCCGACUCAGGGUCAACGAUUGCAUACUGAGGGUGAACGACGUGGAUGUGAGGGACGUGACGCACAGCAAGGCCGUGGAGGCCCUGAAGGAAGCCGGGUCCAUUGUCAGACUGUAUGUCAGAAGAAGAAAACCGCAGUCGGAAAAGGUCAUGGAAAUCAAGCUUGUCAAAGGUCCUAAAGGCCUCGGCUUUAGCAUUGCAGGUGGCGUGGGCAAUCAGCACAUUCCUGGGGACAACAGCAUCUAUGUUACCAAGAUCAUCGAGGGUGGGGCUGCGCACAAGGAUGGCAAGCUGCAAAUUGGAGACAAGCUUCUGGCUGUGAAUAGCGUUUGCCUUGAGGAGGUCAGUCAUGAGGAUGCUGUAGCCGCCCUAAAGAACACUCCAGAUGUGGUGUACCUGAAGGUAGCCAAGCCUACCAGUGUCUUCACAAAUGAUGGCUUUGCCCCCCCAGACAUCACCAGCUCCUACUCCCAGCAGGUGGAAAACCAUAUCAGUCCCCCAUCAUACCUGGGUCAGCCAGUGGCAACACCUACCACGGGUCGCAGCUCCCCCACAUCCAAGGUCCCUCCGGGGGAUGAGGAGAUGACACGGGAGCCCAGGAAGGUUGUGCUGCACCGGGGUUCCACAGGACUGGGCUUCAACAUCGUGGGUGGUGAAGAUGGCGAGGGCAUUUUCAUCUCCUUCAUUUUGGCUGGGGGUCCCGCUGACCUGUGUGGAGAGCUCCGUAAAGGGGACCGCAUUGUGUCGGUGAACGGAGUGGAUCUGCGCAGCGCCACCCAUGAGCAGGCAGCAGCUGCGCUGAAGAAUGCGGGUCAAACUGUCACCAUUGUGGCACAAUACCGACCUGAGGAAUACAGCCGAUUUGAGGCCAAAAUCCAUGACCUUCGGGAACAGAUGAUGAACAGCAGCAUCAGCUCUGGAUCCGGCUCGCUGCGGACCAACCAGAAGAGGUCCUUGUAUGUCAGGGCUCUGUUUGACUAUGACAAGACGAAAGACUCUGGACUUCCCAGUCAAGGCCUCAACUUCAAGUUCGGCGACAUCCUGCAUGUGGUAAAUGCAUCGGAUGAUGAGUGGUGGCAGGCAAGGAAGGUGACACCUGAUGGGGAUGUGGAGGAGGUUGGUGUCAUUCCCAGCAAGAGAAGAGUGGAAAAGAAAGAGAGGGCCAGGUUAAAGACAGUCAAAUUCAAUUCAAAAUCACGGGACAAAGGGCAGUCAUUCAAUGACAAGCGUAAAAAGAAUCUCUUUUCCCGAAAGUUCCCUUUCUACAAGAACAAGGACCAGAGCGAGCAGGAAACGAGUGAUGUUGACCAGCAUGUCACUUCUAACGCCAGCGAUAGUGAGAGUAGUUACCGUGGCCAAGAGGAGUAUGUCUUGUCAUAUGAGCCCGUCAACCAGCAGGAAGUGAACUAUACCCGUCCAGUGAUUGUUCUGGGACCGAUGAAGGACCGGAUAAAUGACGACCUCAUCUCCGAGUUCCCUGACAAAUUUGGAUCUUGUGUUCCUCACACAACCAGACCGAAGAGAGACUACGAGGUGGAUGGUAGAGACUACCACUUUGUCACUUCGCGAGAGCAGAUGGAGAAGGACAUCCAGGAUCACAAGUUCAUUGAGGCUGGCCAGUAUAACAACCACCUGUACGGGACCAGUGUGCAGUCUGUGCGGGAGGUGGCCGAGAAGGGAAAACAUUGCAUUCUGGAUGUUUCUGGCAACGCCAUCAAGAGGCUUCAGAUCGCUCAGCUGUAUCCUGUUGCCAUUUUCAUUAAACCAAAAUCGGUGGAUAACAUCAUGGAGAUGAACAAGAGGUUGACGGAGGAACAGGGCAAGAAGACGUUCGACAGGGCCAUGAAGCUGGAGCAGGAAUUUACGGAGCACUUCACAGCCAUCGUUCAAGGGGACACUCUGGAGGAGAUAUACGAGCAGGUCAAACAGAUCAUAGAGGAGCAGUCUGGUUCCUACAUAUGGGUACCAGCCAAGGAGAAGUUGUGAAGAGGCGAAAGAUCAACGUUAUUUCUUUGUUUUUAUUUAUUUAUUAUUUUUUUAAAACUGGCCUGCUGUGUGUGAUGGCUCCCCUUUCCCAAAGCUUUGGAAUCCACCAGCCCCUGUGCUGCGCAUUCGUCACUGGGGUUGCGACCCAAGUUGGUAGCUCCCACCACCCCCAUUAGACAAUAGCUGUGUCUUCAGGACUGCUUUCUGCCAAGGGGGAAGGACAAUGCCGGUCUAAAUACAAUAUGUGGGGUUUUUUUACGGUACAAUUCCUUAAUGUUUAAGGGAGGUUACUAUUAGGGGGUGGGUAUAAUUUGGAUUAUGCAUUACAUAAAAUGAUUAUCUUUGAUUUAUUUCAUGGUAACGGGGAAGAAAUGUCUCAUACUUUUGGGUAGAGUACACCAAGCAAAGUUUUGCACCUUGAAGCUUUAACAGCAUGUUUUGGACAUUUUUAAUUUUCUUUUUUCUCUUAAUUUCUACUGCUCUGUAUUUUUUGUAGUCCUACCACCUGCAGUACAUUUAUCAUCUUUUUCUUUAACACACAUGACUUGACGGGUGUACUUCCUCUGGUCCUCUCCUCUUCCACUUUCAAAUGCACGAUUCUGAAUAAGCGUGUGGUACAAUUCAGAAUGUUUCUUAGUUGGUUUUCUAAGACUAUGAUCAGUGUCUUAUUAAAAACUGCUUUUGUCACUAUGACCAUGGAUAGUUUUGAUUGGCAAUUUUACAAAGUCCAGCAGCUUAGUUGGCAAAUGCAAAAAUCUAAAAUUUAUUGUACGGUGAGAUUUUAAGAUAUUUAACCCUCAGUAAACUGCCUAUUUUGUCAUAAUAAAAGUCUAUAUUAAACUUCAAACACUACAAA